AAUUCCUAGCAGACCAAAGAGAGCCGGUGUCUUAAAGCGGUGAAUGUGUUACGAUUAAGACGGUCUCCACCACCACCACCACCACGAACAUCACAACCACGGCUCUCAACUUCUACUCAAGAUGGUUGCCUUAAAUCGCCUGUUUGGGGCACUGGUGACCAUGUGUGUGGGAGCACUUGCCAUGCCCUCAGCUAGAAUCAUCAGCGGGACGACCUCGGCUAUGCUGUACUUCACGAGAUUCGGCUACAUGAACCCAAAAGUGCUCAACCCACAGUCUGGCGCUCUGCUUUCCGAGGAGACAGUCAGGAACAGCAUUAUGGAUUUCCAGGCAUUUGCAGGACUGAACCAGACAGGGGUUUUGGAUGAAGAUACCCUGGAAGUGAUGAAUCUGCCGCGCUGUGGUGUGAAGGACAAGGUUGGUUUCGGCACCAACGCCAGGAGGAAACGUUAUGCACUCCAGGGGUCCCGAUGGAGGGUGAAGACUCUGACCUACAGGAUCACCAAAUACCCCCGAGGACUCCUGAAGAAUGAUGUUGACAGAGAAAUUGCAGCUGCGUUUAAGGUGUGGGAAGAUGUGACAGACCUGGAGUUCAAGCGUGCCUCCUCUGGCAAGGUGCACAUUGAAGUGAGGUUUGAGAAGGGUGAGCACGGUGAUGGUGAUCCCUUCGACGGCCCCGGUGGCACCCUGGCCCACGCUUACUUCCCUAUCUAUGGUGGAGAUGCUCACUUUGAUGACUCUGAGGCCUGGACCAUCAAAUCCUUCCGAGGCACGAAUCUUUUCCAAGUGGCAGCCCAUGAAUUUGGUCACUCUCUGGGACUCUCACACUCAGACGUCCGUGCCUCCCUCAUGGCUCCCUUCUACCGCGGCUAUGAGUCCAACUUUGAGCUGGACGCAGAUGACAUCAAGGGCAUCCAGGCUCUGUAUGGCAAGAAGACAACCCGUCCCACUCCAGCCACUCAGCCGCCCACAAAUGUUGGUGGUGGAGGCAGCAGCAGUGGUGGAGAGUCUGGUGGAAUGUUGUGUCGGGAUUCUUCCAUUGAUGCCAUCGUCACCUUGUCUGACAAGAACACCUAUGUGUUCAAGGGAUCACAGUAUUGGGAGCUCACGGAUGAAGGCGUGGCAGCAGGCUACCCUCGCUUCAUCUCCACUGACUGGGAAGGUCUCCCCAACAACAUUGACGCUGCCUUCACCUGGACCAACGGCAACACCUACUUCUUCAAGGGCGACAACUACUGGCGCUUCAAUGGUAAGACUGAGGACAGCGGCUACCCCAAGAAGAUCUCCAAGGGCUUUGCUGGGGUGCCCGACAACAUUGACGCAGCCUUUGUGUGGUCUGGGAAUGGCAAGAUCUACUUCUUCAAGGACUCUCAGUACUGGAGGUUCGACCCAAGCCAGAGGCCCCCAGUGAGAGAGAGCUACCCGAAGCCUGUCUCAAACUGGGAGGGCCUGCCCAACAACAUUGACGAUGCCCUGCAGUACUCCAACGGCUACACUUACUUCUUCAAGGAUGGUCAGUACUGGCGAUUCAACGACAGAGCCUUCAGGGUGGACACUGCAGACCCUAACUUCCCCCGCCCUGCUGGAUACUGGUGGUUUGGAUGCCCUGCCAGCGGAUCACAGCUGUCAGCCGUCCACAGAGAUUCAGUCCAAGCUCCGCUCCCCUCGGAUAAUAAUGAGGAUGACACCCUUGACGCAGGAGGCCAAACCCCCUCUGGCUAGGAGGUGGGAUCAUCAUGCCGGGCACAUCGGUGGUCCAUGCCAAGGCUUGCAUGCUUAUCACCUCGGUGCUUCUGGCCUGUCUGGGUGGUGGCUGAUCCCUGGUGGGUGUCUAGCCCGGGUAACAGGUCAUCUUGUGUGUGGCAGAGUCAGAAGACGAGACCCAGCCUGGUCGGUAAACGCCUGGGACACAGAGCGGCCCAACCUGCCCUCCCUGACUGCUGCCACAACUUUGGCUGCCAUUCCACCUACUGCCCUCCGCCUUACUGUUACUACUUGCUUCUGCCUUACUGACGUGAUAACACCAGUGCCUUCUAUAUGUGAUGCUUGACUCAUUAUUUUACUUACUGGGAGUUGUCUAACCUGAAAUCAAUCAUGUACAGCUGUUUAGGCAAAAAAGACAAUGUAGUGUACAUCAAGGAUCAUUUAUAACUGGAUAGGGAAUAAGUGAGUUUCUCAAGAGGAGAAUGUUAAAAUGAGAAAAUUACUCGUUAAAUCACUGGUGAAUGGAAGAGGACACAAUUGCAAGAGGUGUGGUUUAAACGAUAAGGUCAAUAAAGUGGGUAUGAAAUGGCUAGAGGAGUAAUUUUUGCAUCACUACAGCUAAUGAAAUGGCUAGAGGUGUGUAAUUUUUGCAUCACUACAGCUUAUAUGUGAUGUGCUUACAGAGGCCAUGAUUGUGUGUUGAUGGCACUUAAGCAGCCAACUGUGAUGUUGCACAUAUCUGGGAAGGUUUGUGCCAGUGGGGAAUAAUGACAGAUGAUGGAGGAGAGAUAUAAACACACGGGUGAUAGAAGUUGAAGGAAACGCAUAAAAUUGAUUUAGUAAUUGAAUGCAUAUUUCUUAAAUUUAGAUGGGAAUUCAGAUGCCCAGGAAAGUUGUGUAUAAGGAGAAUGGGAAGGACAAAUUUUCUAACACUAAAGGCGUAUAUGGGAGUUCAAAAGUAAAUAAGAGUCUUCUCACCUUAGAUAAAUGAAAUACUAAAUCUUCUGGCAGCUACAGCUUCUCAAACUUAAUAAAAAACUUUGGUGCAAGUUUAGAGUAGAAAUAAUAAGAGAUGCCACAAAGUAGAGACCAAAUAGUUCAGACUUUUGGUGCGUGUAAUUCUAUCUUUAACGUGUAAGAGUAUCGCAGAUCACAUGAGAAAUUACCAGUGCUAUUCUCAUUCAAAGACCGUAGGAAAGGUGUCAACUCUUCCAGUUAAAUCUGUAAUGAAUGUGCUAAUCUGUGUUGUGGUUACAUCACCCAAUCUUUUGAUCUUCAUGUUAUGAGCUUUAGCUUUGCAAUUCUGCUGCAAAAUUGCCAUACUGGUGACUCAAUAAACUUAAUCUUUCAUAUUUUUAUUCAUGUAUUAAAACUUUGUCACAAAUCAAUUAAUCAAAAGAUAUUUAAUAUAAAUAUAUAUAUUUGUUUUCACUUAAAGUAAAUAAUCACUAACUGGCAAUGAGUAUAAUAGUAUUUAGUUCUUCUGUAGCAAUGUAAACAUUACUUAUAUAUAUUUUCUUUUAUAGUAAUUGUAGUGGUAGAAAAGAUAACAGUUACUCAUGAUGUGUAAUAACACUUACUGGGAGGUUUAAUCAAACUCAUGAACACACUAACAACUUAAAACAAUAAAUACACUAAUCCACUGUAAUUACUGAUUCACUUCAUCUUUGUGAGAGGCAAAAGCUAUGGCAGCAGCAGCAGCAGCAGGGGUAACUAUAUCUGGCUCUGUUGCUGCUGCUACUCCUGCCCUAAAAGUGAUUGCUAAUGACUGCCUUUCCCCCAGACGGCUCAGACGAUGACUUUAACAACGAGUUGCCCCGAAUUGGUGGUUCUCAUAGUGUGGGUUACCAGGCAAUCCAUCAGGACCCAGAAUACAGUGGAGCAUCUAGUCAGACUCUCCCUGUCUCUCUUCUUUCCAUCCUCCUGGCUCUCCUCCCCUCCCUCCUCCUCAAGCUGUAAAGUAAAGAAAACAAGUGAAACACGAUCCAAGACUCGUCCACCUAACAGUCCCGAGGCAUGGAGAAGACAGCACAAAGACUACACUGAUCUCACUCAAGAAGCAUGUCAAUUCAUCUCAGAAGUGAAGCAUUCCCCUCAUAGCACUGUCCUGAGAUGAGAUGAGGUGAGGAGAUGGUGACAGGAUGGAGUGGCCUGAUGGGACCCACUGAGGUGACACACUACACCAAUAUCACCACCAGCCAUAUGCAACAUUUUCCCCAACCGACAUAAAUCUCCUGCCUACAAUAGUACAAGUUCCGCUGUCUCAGAGGUGAGCCAAGUAAUGGUGAAGACUUGACCACACCUGGACCAGUACAAACUUACUCAUGACACUACACCGUUCACCACAACACUCAAGCAGUGAUGUGCCCCCCCCCUCCCGACCCUCCUCUGUCUUGCUGCCACAGUGCAUGGGAGACAGAGAUACACUGGCCAGUCAAGGACAUUCAAGACAUGACACUGGAGCAAUAAACUACUGGGUUAUUGUUAAUUAUUAUUAUUAUCACAUGUGGUUUGUGAUCAGUGAUUAUUUAUGAUCUGUGGCCACUGUAAACUGCUGCUGUGUGUGUGUGUGUGUGUGUGUGUGUGUGUGUGUGUGUGUGUGUGUGUGUGUGUGUGUGUGUGUAGUCACUGCAGUAUUUGUGGAAAUGACUGCUGGUUACAGUUAUGGUGAUGACACUUGAUAACAGUGACUGUAAUGCUUUGUUACUCCUCAAGAAUCCCUUUCUCUACAUAUCUCAAGAUAGACAAGAGUAUUGGGCAAUUUUGUUAUUGUUAUACUUUAUCUCAAAUAAUGGAUGAAUAAUGAAUGUAAAUGUGCAAUGUGAUGAAGCUUCCCCAAUGCUGUAUUUUGUGAGGAUGUUUGCAUUUUAUUGUGAUGCAUUCGCUGAAAAGAACAGCCUGAUAGGAGUUAGACAGGCAAGGAUAAGCAUGUAAGUGUGAAUGAAGCAACUACUUGGUACUACUGCUGAGGCAUGGCAAACCUGCAUUAAUGUUAACUCAUGUUAUCCAUCUACCAUGUAUAUACAAUCAUGUACAUAUGUUUAUUUGUUGGCUGACAUAUCUAUAUCAUAGUCACAUUUAGCUCUACAUCUGUGUAGCGUAUUGCUAUCUUUAUUGUUUAUUUACCUAUCUUUGAAAACUUCAUCACAACAAAUAAAGUACCAUUUUUAAAA